AUGUGUUUACAAAAAAUUCAGCCAACAAUAAACUUAUCUUUUACAAUUCCUCGAUCUAUGUCUGCUAGAUACCAAUAUGGUAUCACUGUAGCAGAUGCUUGUAAGAAAGUCGGUUUUAAGUCUGACAUAGGAUAUCAAACAAUUUUAUAUGGAAAUAUUGUAGAUAUGAGAAGAAUAUUAAUGUUUUUAAUUGAAAAAUUACCUAAAGAAAUUGAAAAUAUCAUAGAAUAUAGAAGUAAACGAUGUACAAUAUUAAAAAAACUCAAAAAAAGCUUAUCAACUCAAAAAAAACCAUUGAACUCUGCAUUAUUUCCAAACUAUUCAUAUCUCUCAGUACCUUUAGAAACGGGUGUAACUGUACCAGGACAUAAAAGAAACUGUACACCUGCUGAAUGGAGAAAUUUUUGUAUUAAUAGCUUAAAAUAUAUUACUGAACAACCAUCGGAUUUGAAAUAUUUAAUUCCUUCAUUGAUUACACACAAUACAAAAAGAUUGUUGAAUAUUUAUGAGUUUGAACUUAGAACAACAGAUGAUUUAUCAGAGUCUAGAAUAUUCAAAGAGAAAAUUGAAAAAACCAAUUCUAAACAAUCCGGUUAUCUUAAUCCUGUGGUUAAAAAUGUAUCUAACAAUCAAGUUGAAAAAAUAUCAAAGGAAUCUGAAUCAGCAUAUAUUGAAGAGCUAAUUUCCAAAAAUAACGAACUAAAAACUUUAACCCUAAAACAACAUUCCACCAAAAUAAAUCUCAUGUUGAAAUUAGAAAAACUAGAAAAAGAAAUUGCUGUUCAAGAAAAAAGUUUAAAUAUUAUUGAUAAUCCCGAGGUUAUUACUAAAUUAAAAAAUAAAGUUGAUGCGGCACCAGAUAAAAUAAAAAGAAUGGGCAAUAAAUGGAGUAAAUAUGAAAUUGAACAGAAAUUAAUUUUAUCAGAGCUAAACGAAGAACUAAAUAAAAAACGAGCCAAAAAUAUUAAACUAGAAACAGUGCAUGGAAAUGAAAAGUUGAAGUUACAAAAUAUUUUUGAAGAUAUACAAAAAAAAGAAGAUAUUAUCAAAAUAUGUAGGAAUGAUUUAGACUCAAAGCCAAAUUAUAAUUCAAGAUCAAGUUAUACACAAAGAAUAUUAGAAAUUAUAUCUAAUAUUGAAAAACAGAAAAAAGAAAUUAAUAAAAAUUUGAAUGAUACCAGGCAAGUUCAAAAAGAAAUAAAUUCUUUAGAUGGUAAAGUAGAACGGUGUUUUAUUUCAAUUGAUGAAUUAAUGUUUAAGGUAGCAAAAAAAGAUGAUAUAAUCCGAAAAUGUUAUAAACUAUUAGCUGCUAUUCAUUCUAACAGUUCAAGCAUUAUAACAUCUGUAAAACAAACAGGCACAAUUGGAAGAGAAAUUAAAGAUCUAGAAGAACAGAUUGAAAAUGAAAAUCCUCAUCAAGCUACAGCUAAUGUACAAAAACUUAGAAAAGAUUUAGAGCUUGUUAAAAACGAGCAACUAUUAUUGUUAAAAAAAAUUAAAAAUUAA